AAAAAGUUUAUAAAAACUUGAUAAAGUUUUAUUGCUCGAUAUUAAUGGCGAAAAUAAUACCAUCAUAUGCUCCAUCUCACGAGGCAUUGGAAAAUCUUAGUGUUACUUAUCUAGCUUCUGAUGAAGAAAUACCAACAAUUGAUUAUUCUCUAUUAUUAUCUGAUGGCACUAAUCAAAGAUCUAUUGCCCUUGAAUUGCUUGGCCAAGCAUGUGAGGAAUAUGGUUUCUUCUAUCUGGUAAACCAUACCAUGCCAGAUGAUGUACUCAACAAUGUAUUGAAACAAGUUUCAAAUUACUUUGAUCCAACAACAAUUGAGGAGAGAAUGAUCUACAGUAAAAAGGUUCCAUCAGAUAAAAUCCUAUGGGGCCUAAGUGCUGAUGAUGGGGAAAAUAGGGAAUAUCUCAAAGUUAUUGCACAUCCUAAAGAUCAAGCUUCUUCCAACCUAACCAGUCUCAGCAAAAUUAUUGAAGAUUAUAACAAAGAAAUGAGAAAGAUUGUAGUUGGAUUAGCAAGAUCAAUGUCAGAAAACUUAGGGUUUGAUGAAAACUACAUAGAGGAAGCAUUCAACAUGAAGUCAGGGUUUGAUGUAAUGGCCAUGAAUCUUUAUCCACCAAAUUCUAAAUCCAAGGGUGAUAUUGGUCUCCCUAACCACACUGAUCCUGGCUUUGUGGUAACCCUAGUGCAAGAUGUAAAUGGGGGUCUUCAAAUCCUAUCCCACAAAGGAACGUGGAUUAAUGUUUAUAUUCCCCAUCAUGCUAUACUCAUCCAGCUUGGUGACCAUCUUGAGAUCUUAACCAAUGGAAAAUAUAAGAGCCACGUCCAUCGAGUUAUUGUUAACAAGAACAAGGUGCAAAGGAUAUCUGUUGUUACUCUUCAUGGACCUUCGUUAGACAAAUUUAUUGUCCCAGGUACAGAAUUUGUUGAUGAUGAAAAUCCACAUAAUUACAUUGGAAUGACCUAUAAAGAAUCCUUGAAAGCAAAUGGGGGCAAUGAGAUCGGGGUGCAAUCAUCACUUGAACAAAUUAAGCUAGUGUAAUUAAUGAUAUAAUUACACACUCUCUUCAUAUACCCCACAGGAUCAGUGAAAAUAAAUAGCAUUUUACUUGAUUAAUUUACAAAAAAAAUGUAUGAAUAAGUUUGUUCUGACUUGCAUGUUAUGUUGGUCAUCCAUAUAUCUUGUACAUUGAUAUCCAUUCGUUAUUCUAGAAAGUAGCAAUAAACUCCACUUGUGAUGAUUUGU